GGACAUCCCGACGCCCGCAAGACCACUCUCGCAUCUCGGAUUUCUGUCUCUUCAACAGACUGAUCUCCCCUUACCGGCUUGAAGUAUGGCCGCCGUUAGUAAUGGAAGUACUCCGUUACCAGAAGAUGUGAACAAGCCCCCGGAGGGUGUGGUAUUGCCACCCAAGGAUAUUCGAGCAAUUGUCGAGAAGACCGCCGGAUACGUUGCUCGAAACGGUCCUGUGUUCGAAGAUCGUGUUCGCGAGAAAGAGCGAAACAACCCGAAGUUCUCUUUCCUCAACCCCGACGACGCAUACGGCCCAUUCUACCAAUGGCGCCUCAUAGAGAUCAAGGAAGGGCGAGGGUCGACUGCGCUCGCAGGUCGUCCCGGCGAAGCCAGCGCGGCCGCGGAGCCUGAGAAGCCCAAGGGCCCCCCCGAGCCCCCCGAGUUCCACUUCUCCGCCCGGAUGCCCAUCAUCAACGCGCAGGAUCUCGAAGUCGUCAAGCUGACGGCCCUGUUCGUGGCCCGACGCGGCAAGUCCUUCAUGACCGCCCUCUCCCAGCGCGAGGCCCGCAACUUCCAAUUCGACUUCCUCCGCCCGCAGCACAGUCUCUACUCGUUCUUCACGCGCCUCGUCGACCAAUACACGAUCCUGCUCCGUGCGGAGGGCAUCGACGCCGCGACGACGGAGAAAAAGCGACUCGGCGAGCUGGAGCGCAACGUCCAGAACAAGUACCACGUGCUCGACCGCGCCAAGGAGCGCGCCGAGUGGGUCAAAUACCAAGCGCAGCAGAAGCAGGAGAAGGAGGAGGCCGAGGAGAAGGAGCGGAUCGCCUACGCCGAGAUCGACUGGCACGAUUUCGUCGUGGUCGAGACGGUGCUGUUCACCGCGGCCGACGACCAGAUCGAUUUGCCGCCGCCGACCUCCCUCCACGACCUGCAGUCCGCCUCCCUCGAGCAGAAGGCCAUGAUGUCGCUCAACCCGCUGCGCAUCGAAGAAGCCAUGCCC